UCGUUACUCAGCAGCAGCAGCAGCAGAUGGUCAGUAACAACAACAAUGCGGCCGGGUUGAGCGGUGGAAACAAGCAGCAGCGUAGCUUGCUGCGCAAAAAACAACAGCAACCGACAGUAGCACUGCCUUCGCCGUUUGAGGCAAACCUUACCAGUUCCGAGGCACAGCAGGUGCGAAGCGAACCCAUUGGGGAGGAUAACAAGGGCAACUGCAGUGCUGGUGUGAGCAACGUUUCGCCGCUGCAGCAACAGCCACCACCCCGCGUCAGCAAUGUGGCGAUGCGAUCUGAUUAUGAACAGUAUCAGAAGCAGAUGAACGAGAUCCAGUUCCAGAAGAAGGCGAAAAUACAAUUCAUCAGUGAUGCUAAAGGUCCACCAUCGACUCUUUUGCCACCAACGGAAACAUACAUCAAUCUAGGCACACCCGUUCAAGCUGGUAAAACAUCAAUCGACGGCAACAGUGGGCUUCUCUUUGGUACGCCAUUGCAAACCAACUUGCCUCAAUCGCAACAGCAGCAUCUUCAGCUAGCAACAAUAGCUGCUAAUGCCGCUGGCGCUUCGGUUGUAUCCACCGGCACUUCCGUCAGUCCGGCCACCGGAGGGACCAGCAGCGGUACACUUUUGACCGGCCCUUCGGAAGUGUCACAAAGCACUGCCAUCAGCGAUCGUCCAAAGGUUAAGCCCGUGUCGAAGAAAGAUGCCAAGAAUAAUCGCAAAACGGCGGCAGCAGCAGCCGCGGCGGCAGCGGCAGCUGUAGCAACUGCCACGGCCUCCGUACAGCACACUCUUGCACAGCAGCCGCAGCAAUCAUUUUUCAGGCCGCUGGCGGGUAACAACUCGUCCGGCGGUAGUGGCAAUUCCACCAGUGUCCUACAGCAGAACCCGAUGGUGUCAAUUUAUAACAACUUGUCCUCUGUGAUUCCAAGUUCCGAAGCGAAUGUGCAAAUGUUGCAACAAUCGAUGGCGAACUUGAAUCUGCAGUCACAGUCAUCCAUAACGCCAUCCACCAUGCAGUCAGCACCAAUGCCAUCAAGUGCAAAACCGAGCGAAAAGAAGACGCUCGUGAAUGCAGGAGAGGAAGUGAAGAAGAGCGACUCGGAUGGGGCAAAUGACACCGAAACGUUGGCAACUGCCAACGCCGGGAGUGAAAGUGGCAGCAUGGUUCCUACGCCAUCCGCUAACCCGUCGGUUAUCACGAGCACCGCAGCAGCUGCAAAGCGUACAUCGGGCGGCCAGAUCGACGAUGCCAGCAAAGGUCGAUCGGCCGACCAAUUGUCUGCAGCAUCCUCCGCGCAAGAGGAGCGACAGUCAAGUUCGGGCAACUUACCGGCCGACGGUAGCGGAGCAGCGGACAAAGAUGCAAAUGCAACCGGCACGGCUACUACACCCAGCACCGCAAACGCCGAGGGUGCUAGUGAUAGUGCGAGCAGCAGCAGCAGCAGUACGGGCGAAAGUGGUUCCACAGGUAGCGUUAACAGUAGCACCGUCGCCAGCAGCAGCCACUCUACAACGAGCACAACCAGCACCGAUGGUAGCAGCGUGCCUCCUGGCGAAGCUGGCGCUGGUGGCGACGGCGAAGGCAGCACCACCAGCAGUGGCAGCAUCAGCGCCGCCAGCAGUACCAGCAACAGCAGUGCCAGCAGUAGCGACAGCAGCACGACUACCAGCGGCAGCUGCGACAAUAACACCACUGCCCAAGGCGGAGAUGGAAGCACCGGUGCAGGUAAUGCCAAUGGUGAAGAAGAAGAAGAAGAAGAAGAAGGAGGCACCGGCAGUGGUGGUAACGGCGGAACGAUGGCCAGCCUCGAUCCGGACAACCAUUUCAACCUUUUUGCGAUGGUCGAUCGUAAGUUGAUGCUCAAGCUCGCGCAUCGCUUGCUCUGCGAUACGUCCAAAUCGCCGUCGGAAACGCCACCGCUGAGUAGCAGCUGCCCAGGGUCCAACCUGGACCCUCCCGCCUCCCCCCCGCCAGCGAUGAUGAACAAUGCCGAUAUUGAGUACUCCGAGCUGUCGCGCAUCAUCUGCAGUUUCAGUCGCUCGGACAUACUGCCUGCCCCCGAAUUUGUGCAAGUGCAUCAGCAUAUGCAAAACAUCAUUCAGCAUAAGGGUGGUAGCAAUCCUAUCAAACUCGGCGAUUCGACCGACGGCCACCAGUAUGCUGAGGAAGGCGAGGAACACCUUCCGAUGUUUAACAUCGAGGAAUCUGAGGCAGACGGCAUGACCGAGUGUGUUGGCGGAAUGUAUCCAGCGCUGGACGAAACACUGGAAACGUUCCACGGGGAGGACGGAACGGCCACGCAAGCGCACGGUUCGCGGGAAUCGAUGUACAACUACGAAUGGGUGGACAGCAUUGACGAUGUGAUCCAUGUGCUGAAUGGCUGCCCAGAAAUUCCAAUGGCACUGCAUGAUAUGGCUGCCAACUUCGGGUGUCAGGAUAUCGACAUGUAUGCAAAUCUGAUCGGAUUAAAUUCGUUCUGCAAGACACGCUGGGCGGGCAACCAGAACCAGCUUACGUCUGGUACGUCGUCUCCAGCCGAGGAGGACGGCAGCGCGGUUGCCCUUACCGAUGAGCAGUGUGCGUACCGCCAAGGCCAAGCUGCCGCCAGCCAACUGCUGACGUUUGAUCCGCAACAAUUUUCAAUGGAUCAGAUACAACUGCUGAAUCAAAUACACCAGGCAUCCGCCUCCGGAUCCGUAUUACAUCAUCCGCAAGCGAGCAGCGGUGCCGACGGGCAGCAACCAAAGCUUGUGUUUAAUGUCGACGCAGAUAAAGCCUCGCAAGUGCAUUUGCUAUUUCAACUGCCGACUCUGCAAUCUCAGCAGCAGCAGCAACAACAACAGCAGCAGCAGCAACAGCAGCAAAUCGCGCAAGAUCAGCAGCAUGAUCAUAUGACCAUGCUUCCGAACAGUGGUCAACAGCAGUCGCAAGGCCAGCAACAGUCACUAUCGCUGCAACAAGCGACCGGCCAGCAGCAGCAACAACAACAGCAGCAGUGUAACAUUGCCACAAUGCAACCGCAUGCCGCUGCAGCAGCCGCCGCAGCAGCAAUUCAGCACGCGCAGCUGCAGCAGCAAUUGCAUGCGCAGGGAAUGGUCGCUGCCGGUCAUUCCGGUUCCGUCACGUUGCAGCAACAUCAACAGCAGCAGCGACAGCAAAUGCAGCACCUACAGUCCCAGGCCCAGGGACAGCAGAUACAACAUUUGCAGUCGCAGCAGCAGCAGCAGCAACAACAGACACAGCAACAACAGCACUGUUUGCAGCACGCCCAAAUGCAGGUCUCCACUCAAACAUCCCAACAGCAGCAGCAGCAGCAAGUCGCAUCCACCAGAGGCGAAGAAGAGAUGCCCCCGCUGGUGAGGACGCAACACUUUGCGCUGAUGGAUAACAAUCAGUCGGCGAAUGCUGUCGCUGGCGGUGGCAAAAUGGCCGGUGCCGGUGGUGGCAAAAAGGGAGAAAAGAAUCGCAAAGAGAAAAACCGUGUCGCCGUCCCGGCAGUUCGCCAGGCACCGGCCGGACAGCAGAGUGCUGGUGGCAGUGGACAGCUGCAAAACUAUCAAUACGAUACCACUGCCGGCAACGGGCGUUCGGUUGGAGGAGGGAUGGACAUACCGCCACCGAGCGGGGCCCUUCAGCCCUUCCACGCGGGUAAUGGUAUAUUGCCCCCGCAGGGUGGAUCGGUGGUAUCGGAGCGUACGAUUGAUGUGGAUUCCGAAACGGAUUCGAACCACGACACCGCGCUAACGCUCGCCUGUGCCGGUGGGCAUGAGGAUAUGGUGGAACUGUUGAUUACCCGCGGUGCCAACAUUGAGCACAAGGAUAAGAAGGGCUUCACCCCGUUGAUACUGGCUGCCACGGCCGGGCACGAGAAGGUGGUGGAUACGUUGCUGCGCAACGGUGCAGAGAUUGAAGCACAGUCGGAGCGAACGAAGGACACUCCACUCUCGCUAGCAUGUUCCGGCGGUCGGUACGAGGUGGUCGAGCUGCUGCUUAGCAUGAACGCUAACCGCGAGCAUCGCAACGUGUCCGACUACACGCCACUCAGCUUAGCUGCUAGCGGUGGCUACGUGAACAUCAUCAAGCUGCUGCUCCAGCACGGCGCCGAGAUUAAUUCGCGAACCGGAAGCAAACUCGGCAUUUCACCGCUCAUGCUAGCGGCAAUGAACGGACAUGUGGCCGCCGUAAAGCUGCUGCUUGACAUGGGUUCGGACAUAAACGCGCAGAUCGAAACCAACCGCAAUACCGCGCUUACGCUGGCCUGUUUCCAAGGACGGCACGAAGUGGUAAGCCUCCUGCUGGAUCGCAAGGCCAACGUCGAGCACCGUGCCAAGACCGGCCUUACCCCCCUGAUGGAGGCGGCUUCCGGUGGAUACAUCGAUGUCGGUCGGGUGCUGCUGGACAAGGGAGCCGACGUCAAUGCGGCGCCGGUCCCUUCAUCCCGCGAUACGGCACUUACCAUCGCUGCGGACAAGGGACAUCUGAAGUUUGUCGAGCUACUGCUGUCCCGCGGUGCUUUGGUGGAGGUGAAGAACAAGAAGGGCAACUCCCCGCUCUGGCUCGCCGCCAACGGUGGCCAUUUGGGUGUGGUGGAGCUGCUCUGCAGCGCCGGCGGAGACAUUGAUUCGCAGGACAACCGGAAGGUGUCCUGCCUGAUGGCUGCCUUCCGGAAGGGCCACACGAAGGUGGUGAAAUGGAUGGUGGGCCAGGUGACGCAGUUCCCGUCCGACCAGGAGAUGACGCGCUACAUCAAUACGAUCAGCGAGCAGGAACUGCUGGAAAAGUGUCACGACUGUGUGAAGGUGAUCCGCGCCGCCAAGGAUCAGCAGGCCACGAAGGCCAACAUCAACGCGUCGAUCCUGCUGAAGGAGCUUGAUCUUGAACGGUCUCGCGAGGAAAGCCGCAAGGCGGCUGCUGCCAAACGGCGCGAGAAGCGCCGUCGGGCGGAAAAGCGGGAACAGCAGCGCAAGCUAGAGAUGGGCGAGGAGGGUGCAGCGGGCGACGGGAACGACGACGACGACGAGGAGGAGGAAGCCGAUGACGAUAAGGAGGAGGAAGAGGAGGAGGAGGACGUCGACAGUGAGCACGACGAGGACGAGCUGCUUCUUUCAGCUGUGAUGCAACAGCAAGCGUCUGGCGGUAAUAAAAAUAAAAACCGCGGUUCCAACCACGCUGCCGCCCAGUCGCACGGUGGCAAGCAACAGCAACAGCAGCAGCAGCAGCAGCCGCUGAAUAAUCGUGAGAAAGAGAAGGAAGGCAAGGGCAAAGAUAAGGAAAAGGAGAAGCACAAGGACACGGACAGGGAGAAAGGAAAGGAAUCCAAUCAAACUGCGUCCUCUUCCGCUUCGUCCGGUGGCAGCAAUCAGCGCCAGCAGCAACAGGGUGCGAAUGGGCAGCUGUACCAAUACCGACCGAUGUCGAUACCGUACCAGGUGCAGGAGGAAGGUGAUUCCGGCAUCGAUGCCAACAGUUUGGGCUCAUGCUCCAGCUCGGAGGUAAAGUCGUCCUCGAACAGCAACGCCCUGGAGCAGAAGAAAAACAACAAGAAACGCAAACAGCAGCAGCAACAGCAGCAACAGCAGGCACAAACAGCACGCGGUGCCAUUGCGUCUACCAAUGCGGCCGGUGCUGCAAGAGCGGCGAAGGCAGCAGCGGUUGCCAACGCUACCGGUGGAGGUAAGUCGUCCAACAAUGCGCAUCAGCAAAGCAGCAGCAGUAACAGCAGCAACAGCAACAACACCAGCAACACCAACAACAGUCGUCAAUCCAAGAGCCCGGAAAGUGGUUCGGCAGCAGCGUCUAACGGCAACACUGUGGUGCAGGAUAAAAACUCAAAAGAAAAGAAUCGACGUCAGCAGGAGAAAGAACAGCAGCAGCAGCAGCAGCAGCAAUACAGUGGAGGACGGGACAAGCGCGAAAAAACGACGGAGAAGGAAAAUGUCGCUCCGAAGGACCACGAGCGGUCGGGUGGAAUGGCAGCGAGCACGAAAAACGAAAGCAAAAAAUCCUCUUCCAACGAUCAUCAUCAUCAGCAGGCGGGCAGUGCAGGAGGUGGAGCGAUGCACCACCAGUCUCACCAGAGCAGCAGUGCGGCUGGUAAUCGUAAAUCCAUCAUCGUCUUUGGAUCCGGCAAUCGGCACGCUGCCGAACAGGGUGAUGACACUAGCGGUGGUGCUAACUUCUACAACACCACCAACGCUGGCGGAAAGAAAACGCACGGCAACAAAAGCAGCUUCUACAACACGGAGGACCAUGGUCAUCAUAGUAAACUAUCCUCCGCAAGUCCGAUGAAGCAACACCAGCAGCAGGCGGCGUCCAGUGGCACUUCUGCCUCGCAGCAGCAGAGCGCAAAUAGUUCGCAAUCCAACUCGGCGGGCGGCGCCAAGCGUGAGGAGGGCUGGAAGGAAGUCGUUCGCAAGAGCUCUGUGCAGCAGGGUAGCGGCAGCGGUAGCAGUGGCACGGGAGGAGGCAGCAGUGGCGGGGGCGGUGGUUCUUCCUCCUCGCUAAUGGAAUGUCGCAAGGUGCAGGUGCCAGUGCAUGCCAUUUCGCGUGUAAUAGGGCGGGCGGGAAGCAAUAUCAAUGCCAUCCGCGCUGCCACCGGCGCCCACAUCGAGGUAGAAAAGCAGGGCAAGAGCCAGGGUGAUCGCUCCAUCACCAUCAAGGGAUCGCAAGAUGCGACCAAGCAGGCGCACUCGCUGAUCGUUACCCUCAUCAAGGAUCCCGACGUGGACAUACUGACCAUGCUGCCAAAGCACAACUCGAGCUCAAGCAGUGCGACAGCGAAGGGAGGAUACGGAUCUGCUUCGUCAUCUGCUGCCGGUGGCGGAUCUGCAUCUUCGGCCGGCCAGCACGCAGCAGGGACAUCUGGUGGUAUUGGGUCUUCGUCGUCGUCGUCUACCACACCGGCACAGCAGUCACCAGUGAUCGUGCCAGCGGCCAUCAUACCAACGAAUGGUGCUGCACCGACCAUGUCUGCUAUAGUGGCAUCAGGCGGUGUGGCGGCCGCAGCAGCAGCAGCAGCAGCGGCAGCGGCAGCAGCGGCAGCAGCCGCCGCCGCCGCAAACAACACUUCGACGGCCUCUGCCAAGGGUGCAAAGAAUGUGUUCAGCUCUUCGAACAAAGCGGCGAGCGGUAGUGCCGCCAAUGUCGUUGCUGGUGGAGCCACGGGAGCCAGUGCAGGAGCCACCACCGCUGGGCCAGUUAACACUAAAACUCCGUCCAGCCAAGGUUCCGCACCAUCAAACGCAAGCUCACGGCCGACGGCGGCCAAGAAUCUGUUCCUAUCUUCUGCCGCAGUCGCUUCGCAGCAACAGCCGUCCCGCGGGUUGGCGGCAGCCGGCAGCAACAAUGCCGGUGUGACUAGUGGCAGUGUGCCAUAUGCCGUGGCUGCUUCCACUGGACAGGGCAAAGAUUCCAAGCGGCAGCCGACCACUGCACAAACAUCACAACAGCAUUCGUCUGCUGUACCGUCGGCAAACGGUGGUAGCACCGGUGCGAAGGGAUCGCUCCACCAGUCAGCAACGGGCGGCACGGGUGGUUCCGGUGCUGCAACAUCAGCUCCGUUCGGAAGCUCGGGAAUGAAGGCCAAGAACGGUAACAUCAACAACAAGGCAUCAGUUGCUUCCAACUCGGCUGUACCACAGGCUGGUGGUACAAACGUUGGUGGCAACACUGCUGGCGCGACGGCUGGUGCACCAGGAGUGGCGGCAGGAUCGUUUGCCAAACUGGUCGCAUCCGACGGUGGAAAUGCGGUGAGCAAUACUAGCCAGAAAAAGAACUUCCCCAAUGCCGGUGGUUCCAUUGGCAGUGGCUCGAAUUCCGUCGUCGGACCGCAGGGACAGCAACAGCAGCAACAGCAGCAGGUACAACAGCCACCAGUUGGUGUGAUUGGAGGGCGAGCAUCGGCACAAGUGCAGCAAUCGCCGGCUAAAAGUAUCAGUGGAGGAGCACCCGGUGGAACACUACCAGCACCAUUUGGCAGCAGUGCUGCCAAUUCAAUCGGUGGUGGUGGAGUAUCCCCGAUUGGUUCCCACUUAAAUGCAUCCACUUCGCUACAGUCCGCUGGAGGAAAUGGCGCAGGAGGAGCUGCUGGGCAGCAGAAGAUAUCGACGUUUAUUCCUCCCAUCGCAACCAGCGGACCAGGGCCAACGAUUGUGGAGGCUUCCGCCGUACCGCCGAUACCACCUAUCAGCGUACCAAACACGGCCAAUCCGCUAGCAGCACCGGGCAGUGGUCGAUCGAUAACCCCGAUCGGGCAACCACCAUCCUCAUCGGCAGCGUCCUCAUCCGCACCUACAUCCGUUUCGAUCGUUUCGUCGUCCGCAUCGUCGACGGUAACGUCGGUGACUGGGCCGAUCGGAAGUCGCAGCGUCACUACGCCAUCGCCUUUGCUGCAACAGCAAGGCUCCUCUACCACCUCGCCAACCAUUGGUAGUCAGCUGCACUCGAAGAUGCAACCCAUCGGACAGCAGCAGCAGCAGCAGCUUGCUCCAUCGCCUCCACCCUCGAACGUGUAUUCGCUGUUCAAUUAUCCCUUUACCAACAGCCAGUGGGGUGUGGGCGGAAACGCGACCGCUAAUAAUGUGGCCGAUGUUGGCAAACCCCCACUGUACGGUGGCCACCAGCAUCAGCAGCAGCAUCAGCACCUGUCGCAUGGAAAUAUGCCACCCCACCAUCAUCAGCACCAGCACCACCAGCAUGCCGGUGGUGUAGGUGGUGCAGGUAGUGGUGUGUUGGGCACCUUCAUGGAAAAUCCGCCAACGCUGCAGGUUGACGCAUCAAAGGCGCCAGGAUAUCGCGGAAACGCCAUCUCGUCGCCGGUUAGCUCGAAAGCCUCGAGCAAUGCUACCACACCGCCAGCCUCUAGCAUGUCCUCGCAUCAGCAUCAACAUCAGCCCCAACCGUCUUUACACCCGGUGGUGCAGCUGCCCAACGGUGGAGGUCCAAUGCAUCUCCAUCACCAUCCGCCGCAGCCUCACUCGCACCAACAGCAACAGUCGCUAGGACUGGGCCAUAUGCUGAGUGGGGCAAAUAGCGGCAGCAACAGCACGUCGCCACUUGCCGGCCUGGGCGGUCCACAGCAACAGCCACCGUCGUCGGUGGUCGUCUCGAGGGACUCGGGCGUGUCGAACAUGGUCGGCGGGGCACACUCCGUCUCGUCGGCGUCAUCGUCCAUGUCGUCAUCCAGCUCGGGCGGGGGACAGCAUCAGCAUCAGCCAUCAUCCUACCAGUCAGCCAAUGAGCCGCCAAACGUGGGCAUGAAACCGACACCGCCGCCACCAUCAAUGCACGGGGGCGGCAACAGCGCGCAGGGCAAUGGGCAAGGCGCUCCCGGCGGAGGCCUGGGCAUGCUGCGCUCGAUGAUGAAUCUUUCCUCCCACAUGCGCCACCCCGUUGGGGGCAAUGGGCCGCCGGACUACCUGGGUGGAGGGAAUGCUGGCGGUCGCGAUCAUUCGGCCGGUCUAGCGCCGCAGCAGCAGCCACCGGUAGGAAGCUCCCGCCCGCCGCCGUCGAUGUUCGACAAUGUCGGAGGUCUUGGCGGUAGCGGUGGCGGUGGUCCACCCGAUUCACUGCAAUCUUCCUACCAGCCGCAGCUUGGCCUGGGUGGCAACGGCAAUACCGGCCUGCCGCCCAUCUCCCGCCUGAAUCCGAAAGCGUCCGCGUUUUCGGGUGGAAUCGGCCCGUCAGUCAUGCCGCCAUCGCAGCACCAACCGGGCAAGAUGAACCUGUCCAACAACCAUCAGCCGUACGGUGGUGGUGGUGGUAGCAAUGCGGGUGGCGCAGGCACCGGAAUGUUCCACGCCCCGCCGCCAAUCGGUAUGGGCGGUGGAAAGUAUCCGUCGAUGUCAUCGUACAGCCUGGCGCCGGGACGACCGAACAGCCAGCAGCAGCACGGUGGUGGCGGAUCCGGUGCAGGUGGCAACAGUGGACCGCCUCCGGUUGGAGGCAUGCAUCACCGCGGCGCUGCAGGAGGAGGUGGCAGCAAUUGGUUUUCGUCCGACUUGAGCCACCUGCAGCGAGACAACCUGAUGGGCAUGGAAAAUGGGCUGGCGAUGGCAUUGAAUGCAGCUGGCGGUUCGCCGAACAUAUCGCCGAACAACAACAACAACGCGCCGCAUGCCAUAAACGGUGGCGUUGGGGGACUUGUGCCUCAGCACCAGCAACAGCAGCAGCAGCAACAACAGCAACAGCAAUCGAUGAUGGAAGAUGCACGAAAGCUGCCGCGUGCCAUCGGUACCGAGCGGGCCUGGAAGUUCGGCGGAAAUGGUAACGUCGGUCUCGUUGGCAGCGGCGCUGGAGCUGGCGGAGCAAGUGCGGGCGGUGGCAACAAUGGCGCAAACAUGUACAAUGCCGGCAUGGUAACGGCAUACGUCGGGCUGGAUGGACCGGAUCUAAUGAACGGUGGAGCAUCGCCAGCGGCAAUGGCGGCGGCGGCGGCGGCAGCAGCGGCUGCUGCAUCCGGCAAUCAACCGUGGAUGAGCAUGGAUAAGAAUCAGUUCAUGGGCAGCGGUGGUGGACUGGGCGGAUCGCAGCAGCAGCAUCAGCAGCAGCAACCGCCCCUUCCCUGGCUAACGGCGGCGGGAAUGAACAGACAGUACAUGGACGACAUUCAUCUACCGGAUCAUUUCCAGCAGCUUCAAAUGGAUUACCAUGGUAACAUUGGUGGUUCUGGACCCAGCGGGCCGAACCCACCUAACAUGAACUUCAUGCAGUAUCCGUUCACACCAUCCAACGAUAUGGCGGGAGCGGCAGAGCUGCGACCACCAUGGGAACAUGAGAAGCACGGCGGCUGGUCGCAAAAAUGGUCCGGACACUAGAUGGAAACGCGAAUGACCGGCUGGCUGGCGGCUGACCAUGUGACGAGGCUAGUUGAGAUGUCGAAAACCAGUUGUAAUAAUAUACAAUACCAUAACUACCACUUGCUUCAACCAACUGCAGCAAUUAGAAAAGGGAAUAGAAAGAAUAAGUGGGUGAAGGAAAGUCAUAGAAAACCAGCUAGUAGAGUGUAUCAAGUUUUGGUAAGUUGGCCUCUCGCACUGCGCGGUGUUGAUAGUUGAUUCUGCCCAUAUUCUCCAUUGCGUGCCGCUUGCCUGUCUCAAAGAUGGGAUGGGGUGGUGUUGAUUCAUCGAUACAACAACACAAUCACAACUCCACAACCACACACAGCACACACACAUAACACAUACUAUCCUCUGGUCAGAGAUCCCGUUCGCAUGCCUGCGUUAUAUAUGUUACAACUAGAGUGUCAAUGCUGCUAAACAGAUGUUUCAAAUCGCUAGUACUGCUGACGUUAACACGUAUAAUCAUACAAUUCCUCUAUAAAAUCAGUAAAGCAAAUCGCGCAUCAGAUCGCGCACACAAAUAUGAAGUAGUACUGAGGGGCAGCAACUGCUGCACUCAAGGGUGUGCCCCAAAACAACACCGAUAUUUAGUUUUCAGUCGUUUUGAAUGUACGCUUAUUAUGGUACAGUUUAUAGCGAAGCAACACACUAAUGUUCAUUUACAGUGUAUAGGUAAACGACACUAUGUGCACCAUCUCGUUCUCGGUAAUGGAAUAUAAGAAUAUAUGUCAAGAUUGUACUUUUGUGCCUAGUUUUGUUUUUUUUGUUUUUGGUUUCUUUCUUACACCCGAUGUCACUUCAGAGAGGGGAUCAUCGCUCUGAGCAUGCCGAAACGAACGCUAUGAAAGAGAAUGACCGAAUUGACAAAAGAAAGAUUAACCGUUCGCGGGACACGUUACGGUGUAGAGGAGCUCUUUAUACAUACACACCAUAAUUUUUGAGUAACAAUGUUUACAUACAAAGUGUGUUCGAUCACCUUGAGCAGUGCAACAACGACACUACCGCGCAAUCCCUCAAACAGCAGAAGCACCACCAGAAUGGGGUCUAAUCGAACGGUUCAGUUUGGAGGCUAGUGCCGUUAACCCGUGACGCGAUAUAGGGCCAUUAUCGAGCCACACAAAGUCUAACGUAUAGUAUAAAAAGGAUAAAACAUACCACUACUAUAACACCUACUAGAGUAAUAUCUACUUCUACUCCGUUACUACUAUCCACUUAUAAGCUACUCUUUGGAUGAUGCUACCCGCAAAUAAACUCACGCCUAUGAAAUUAACAAAAGCGAAAACAUGCAAAUGAUUCACAGAAAGAGGAAGAAACAAACAGUAUAAUUCACUCACUCACCACUCAAACACUUAAAGCCAUACGCUGCUGCUACCCAAGCUUAAUGAAAAAUUAUUGACUGGUAAAGGAUAUGUUGGAAGCUUAACUAAAAAUAGAACAAACAAAACACACGGAACUAACGGCUACCACCGGGUUCAUCCGCGCCCGAGUGUUGAUGGGUGGUGGCUCAACGUAGUUUUGAAUAUCUAUUGUGCAUUCAAAUACGAAGGGCAGGUUUGAAUUUUAGGAUUUAGCGUUUAGAUAAAGCAAAAUCUACUCAACCAACCAAUAGUUUGUUCUUUCUCCCUAUGCGCUACAGGCGAUCGAUAAUGGUCGAGAUCAUCGCGCGCGCGGCACCCAUCGGUAAUUGGAUUAGUUUAGUAAAAAACAAAACAACUAACGUAGAACAUAGUGAGACAAUUUGGCGUAGAAGAAUUGACUUAAAAACAGUAAUGUACUAACGUUUAGCCAGGAGGGUGCUUGAAGAGAGAAAAAAAGUGGUGGACGGCUUGGAAGAACACAAUUUACAAAGCACACGUAUGUUAAGCCCGGCAGGAAAACUAAGAAAACUGAAUGAGUGAAAACUAUUGGAACAUUUAUAACGCAUAACAACACAUACAUUAGAUUAUCUUGGCAAAUACAGAAAAUCCCAUUCUUUAACCUCGGCAGUGCAGAGAGAGGCAGUAUGCUUUCCUUUUAACCCCAACUAUCGGCACGGAAAGGAAGGAGAAGAGAAGAGAAAAAAAGUGUUUCUCCCCCCCGAACUUUAAAAUCACGCGCCAUCAAUUUGUUUUUAAGACGCUUUUUCGCUAGAAUCAAACCAGUGUUUCGUCGUUUGGCGAGAAAGGGCAUAUAAAAAGUAGCAAUGCAAAACGGGGGGAGGGAGAACUAUUACCACCACUAUCGGCAGGCGGACGUAAUUUCUGCGUAGAUUGAAUAACGAGGCGCAUGGCAUUCAUAGCCGUAGAACUUUAGAACAGUGGAUCCCAGUUAAAUACACAGAAAGGAUCUGCAGCCAAACAACAAACAGUGCUUUACCGGUCUUUUGCAACACAACACGACCCAACCAUGAUCUGGAAGAAAACUCUAUAAUGUGCAUUUACAGUAGGACGACAAAUGCUGCUGCUACUACUACUGCUUAAGCUGUGCUGUGCUGGGCAGAUAGAUUAAGCAACACACUCUGAGGGAUGAAUUGGAUGAGCGCUCCUCCCCCCCUGCGCUCCCUGAACACUCUGUUUUCAAUUGGGCCUUGAAGACGGAGAGGAAAGCACGGGCGGGGAGUAGUGAGAAAUAUGCCAAAAUCAUCUAUAUUUCUUCGCUUUUCGUAAACGCGCCAGUGGUUGAAGUUUCGUAUCGAAUACGAACAACAGCAACCCCAAAACGAUGAACGCUUAGUAAACGAUGCUAGAGCACUAACAUAGAUUGCAAAAAAAAAAAUGCAUUGCUGCAAGUAUAAUGUGUGUGUGCAUAAUAGAGUGUGUUUAACAAACAAACGAUCAUGCAUACAUUAUUUUGCUAUACGUUUUAUUUUUCAAUUGCAAUGCAGAAGAGACGAGCUCGUCUCAUCUAUUGCAAGCGCAGUGGGAAUGGAAAGGAGGUGAGCCGAGCCGAGCGCAAGUCAUUUCUGCAACGCAGGCACACACACAGCCGUGUAUUGCACAUUACGAUAUAAGUAAGAAAAUGUAAACCGAUCGAAGAGUGAAAAGAGAAUAUCCACUGGAUGAUUUCAAGCGAUACGACGACGCCCGCCACAAGAUGCUGCUGCGAGCCACAUAUACACAGAGACGAAAAGGAAAAGUGGAAGAUAGAAAGAGAAAGAGAGAGAGAGAGAGCCAGCCCAUAGGGCGUCAAUGAAACAGUAAGGGGGAAAGUGGAAGGUAUGUUAGCAGGAGGAAGAAUAGUGCAAGCGCAUUGAGUUAUAAAUGACGAUGGUUAUCUACUAAUUACCAACUAUAUGGAGAAAA